UGCUGUUUACCUACUCUUACUACUACUCUACAGCUGUCUACAUGUUGUUGAUCUAGCAGACAAACAGACAGACUAUCCACACAACUGACUCCUACAGACAAACAUGACCAAGACAGAGCCUGAUAAGGCUGCUGCUGGCGACCAUGUCUCUGGCCAAAGCAACAAACCCCUUUCCCGACCUGCCCACGCCUUAACCCAUCAAGAUCUCGCCCACGAAAUCGGAGCCGACCCCCUUUCCGGUCUCACCCCCGACGAGGCCAAGCGUCGGCUUGAGGAAUAUGGAAAAAACGAACUGGGCGAGGCUGAAGGUGUCCAGCCCAUCAAGAUCAUCAUUGCUCAGAUUGCCAAUGCCAUGACGUUGGUCCUCAUCCUGGCCAUGGCCGUCUCCUUUGGUAUCAAAUCCUGGAUCGAAGGCGGUGUCGUCGCCUUCGUCAUCGGCCUCAACGUCGUCGUCGGUUUCUUCCAAGAGUACUCUGCCGAGAAAACCAUGGACAGUCUACGCUCUCUUUCCUCUCCGACCGCCACCGUCGUCCGCGGCGGCGAGGCCAUGGUCGUCCCCUCUGGUGAAAUUGUCCCCGGUGAUCUAGUUGAAGUCAAAAUGGGCGAUACUCUACCGGCAGAUAUCAGGUUGAUCGAAGCCAAAAACUUUGAAACCGACGAAGCUCUCCUAACCGGUGAAUCCCUUCCCGUUCGCAAGACGGUUGAGUCCACUUUCGACGACACCACCGGCCCUGGCGACCGUCUCAACGUCGCCUACUCCUCCUCCACCGUCACCAAGGGAAGAGCAAAGGGUAUAGUUUUUGCUACCGGCACGUUCACCGAAAUUGGCGCCAUCGCCUCUGCCCUCAACAAGAAGGAUUCUAAGGUCCGCCCAGUCAAGCGCAAGCCCAAUGGCCACGCUGGUCCCCAUCGUUAUUUGGAGGCGUACACUUUGACACUUGGAGACGCCAUCGGUCGGUUUUUGGGUGUUAACGUCGGCACUCCGCUGCAAAGGAAGCUGUCAAAGCUGGCCAUGUUGCUUUUUGGCAUCGCGGUUAUCUGCGCCAUCAUCGUCUUGGGAGCGAACAAGUUCAACACCCGUCAGGAAGUCAUUAUUUACGCCGUGGCCACGGGUCUGUCCAUGAUUCCGGCGAGUUUGGUGGUGGUGUUGACCAUCACCAUGGCAGCUGGCACCAAGAGGAUGGUGGAACGGAACGUCAUUGUGCGCAACCUCAAGUCUUUGGAAGCUCUGGGCGCAGUGACGGACAUUUGCUCGGACAAGACUGGCACGCUUACUCAAGGAAAAAUGGUUGCGAGGGGUGCUUGGAUCCCGGGGAUGGGUACUUACACCGUCGAGUUGGGUGAUGAGCCGGUGAACCCGACCAAGGGCGACAUCCGCUUUGCGAAGCAGAUGCCGUCGGAGAUUGAUUUCAAGUCGACCAACGCUGAAAAGAGCUCUACCGGCCCUGUCACGGCCCCUAGGGAGCUUCUGACAUCCAGCACCACCCGUCUCCAAGACUUCCUCUCAGUCUGCUCCCUCGCCAACCUUGCCACCGUCUUCUCCAAGGAAUCCGAAGAAACACCCGGCACCGAACAAUGGCACGCGCGUGGCGACCCGACCGAAAUCGCCAUCCAGGUGUUUGCUUCCCGCUUCGACUUCAACCGUCUCCGUCUUGUCUCCGGUUCCAACCCUGAAUGGCAAGAAGUCGCUGAAUUCCCGUUCGAUUCGGAUGUGAAGCGCAUGUCGGUUAUCAUGAAGAAUACGCAGACGCAAGAACACUGGGCCCUCACCAAGGGCGCUGUGGAAAGGGUUAUUGGUGCAUGCGUCAACUACUUUGACUCUGAUGGUCCUGACGCGGUGGCUAAGCCCGUGACUGACGAGUUCCGCGCCGAUAUUUUGAAGAACAUGGAAUCUUUUGCCUCUCUCGGUCUGCGCGUCCUGGCCCUUGCCUCCCGCCGCCUCCCCUCCGACGGCACCACCUGGAACGAAGAAACCUCCCGCUCCCUCAUCGAAUCCGAGCUCACCUUCCGCGGCCUGAUCGGGCUCUACGACCCUCCCCGCCCCUCGUCCGCUUCGGCCGUCCACCAAUGCCACGAAGCCGGUAUUUCGGUCCACAUGCUCACUGGUGACCACCCGGAGACCGCCAAGGCCAUCGCCAUCGAAGUAGGCAUCCUGCCCCCUCUCUCUUCCAUGUCCCGCGUGUCUUCAGCUGUCGCCCACGCAAUGGUCAUGACCGCCUCGCAGUUCGAUGCCUUGUCCGAUGACGAAGUUGACGCUUUGCCCGUUCUCCCCCUCGUCAUCGCGCGCUGUGCGCCCUCUACCAAAGUCCGCAUGAUCGAAGCCUUGCAUCGUCGCGGUCGGUUCUGCGCCAUGACCGGCGACGGCGUCAACGACUCUCCUUCCCUCCGUCGCGCCGACGUCGGUAUCGCCAUGGGUCUUUCCGGUUCGGACGUCGCCAAAGACGCUUCGGACAUUGUUCUGACAGACGACAACUUUGCCUCCAUCGUCGCCGCCAUUGAAGAAGGCCGUCGCAUCUUUGACAACAUCCAGAAAUUCGUCCUGCACGUCUUGGCGGAGAACAUUGCUCAGGCAGGCACCUUGCUCAUCGGGCUGGCAUUCAAGGACGCCUCCGGCCUUUCCGUCUUCCCUCUAGCUCCCGUGGAAAUCGUCUGGAUCAUCAUGAUCACCUCCGGUCUUCCGGACAUGGGCCUCGGUUUCGAGCGCGCCGUGCCCGACAUCAUGGCGCGCCCCCCGCAAUCUUUAAGGACAGGAAUCUUUACGCUGGAAUUCAUCAUCGACAUGAUCUUUUACGGACUGUGGAUCACGGCGCUGUGUCUGGCCUCGUUUGUGUUGCGGGUCUACGCCUGGGGCAACGGCGACUUGGGCAGCGGCUGCAACGAGCAUUACUCGGACUCAUGCGAGACCGUGUUUCGCGCGCGCGCCACCACGUUUGCGUGCUUAACGUGGUUUGCCCUGUUUCUAGCCUGGGAACUGGUCGAUAUGCGCCGCUCCUUUUUCCGGAUGCAGCCUGGUAGCAAGAAGUACUUUACGCAAUGGAUGGUGGACGUGUGGCGCAACAAGUUUUUGUUUUGGGCGAUUGUCGGCGGAUUCGUCACGCUGUUCCCUACGUUGUAUAUCCCCGUGAUUAAUCAUGCCGUGUUCAAACACACGGGGAUCUCGUGGGAGUGGGGUAUUGUGUUUAUUGCUGCUGGUUUGUUCUUUGGGGGUGUUGAGGGGUGGAAGUGGGCGAAGCGGGUGUUUUUGAGAAGGAGGGCGAGGAGGGGAGCUGCCAAGAGCGGAGGGCAGGGCAAAUUGUGGAAGGAUAUGGAUGUGGAAGAAAAGAUUUUCGGAGAGUAUUUUGGGUCGGCUUCUACGGAUGAGGUUUCGCUUCAGGAUGCUCAUACUCGUGGGAAUGAAAAGGAGAAUGAGGGAGCCACGGGCCUGCGCCAGGGCGAACAGGGACGGGAUUGACUAAGAAGGGGCGGGAAGCCCCGGACGGAAGUCGUUGUUGGUGAGGUUGGCAUUGUCAAAGUCAAAGUCAUGGUCACGACUGAUGAGGUUGGCGAUCUUGAUGAUGAUAAUGACCGUGUCAAGGAAGGUGCUGGUGAGUGCAAGGUGAGUCGCUCAUGCGAGAGUGGCAGUGGCAGUGGCCAGACAGGACUGCAGUUGGCGUCCUUUUUGGUUCUU